AUGCCGGUCGUACUACCGUUGACGGUCUUGGCCCGCCGAGCAUUCCAGACGGCGCCACCAGAUGGCACGUCCUUCUUCACGAGCGGUGCAUCGCCUCCCAUCAUCAUCGGCUUUAUAUGUCUCGGAGCAUUCACGUUCGGUAUACUCAUUGUCGCAUGCUGGAGGCGUACGCAUAUGCGCAAUCAAGCCGGGCGUAGAUCAUCAUCGACCUCGAGGGUGUUGCCGCAGAAGCCGACGCUGCAUGAGGUCGUGUUGGACGUUGACGGGUUGGCAGGGUCGGGGCAUGAAGGGAAGAUGUCACAGUUGUGGCCGCAGAUCAUGCCUAUUUCGGGCUUGGUCGAGCAACUAAGUCAACCUGAGCCCGACUAUGAGCCAGCGCUAAAAGCAACACCGGCGAUGCAAGCGUAUGCGUCAUAUCAACGCUGGCGACGAUCCCGGCAAGAUCGAGAUUCACCUGAGAAGGAUACACAGCCCCAAGCGACGUUUCAGGCGACAGUACUGCUCGCAAUGCCAUCGCCCAGGCCAUCGCCCACGCGGGAGGACAACGGUCAGGAGGAGAUGGCCGAGUACGCUCUGGGCACGCAUACGGUCCAUGUUGCCUGGCGCAUGCCCGUGCCACCGCCAACACCACAGGAUCCGUUACCAGAGGCUAUAAGAUUGCCGCGGAUGCAGCGUAUCGGUCAGAGUAUCGCCAGAGUUGUGUACUCAUGA